AUGCUCUGCUCAUCUCUGCUUAGUUACAUCUCCUAUCGCCAGUCCUACUCCCAUCAUCCCGCGAAGAAACCCAGAUAUGGGGGUGGUUCCAAUGGCUAUGCAGAACAUGGUUCGGAGGAGACGAGGGGUCUUAUGUCUGCGGACCCCUACGACAAUGAUGGCGAUGCCGUGAUAGAGAUGGACCUAUUGCCACCGCGCUGGAUCGACGUUCAAGAAGAAGUCGGAGAUGUUCUGAAGGAUAUCACAUUGAAGGCUGCGAGACUCGACAAACUCCAUGCGAAACACGUCCUACCUGGCUUCGAUGAUGAUUCGGUCAAACAACAAGAGGAGCGCGAAAUAGAGCAUCUGACAACGGAGAUCACUAGAGGCUUCCAAGAAUGUCAAAAGGCAAUCAAGCGCAUUGAAAUCAUGGUCAGAGAUGCUAAGCAAUCGGGGAAUCUCCAACAAGGCGACGAGACAAUGGCCAAGAAUAUUCAGGUGGCUUUGGCUUCUAGCGUUCAAGAAGUCAGUGCGACAUUCAGGAAGAAGCAAAGCAGCUAUUUGAACAGUAAGUUAUGGCUAUGGUUGUGCUACAGAGUCACUCUCUCAUCUUCGAUAGAACUCCGUUCCCUAGCAGGCUUCGAGUCUCCUAUUGGCCGCUCCUCAACUCCAGUACCACAAAACCCCUAUACCGAUCCCGCAUUGAUGGAGUCUGAUGCCGACAAACGAUUCAGUCAGUCUACAUUACAACAAACAGUUCAAAAGCGACAUAAGAACGACACAGUCAUCGCCCAACGAGAACAAGAGAUCAAUGAUAUCGCCAGAGGAAUUAUUGAGCUCGCAGAUAUCUUUCGUGAGCUACAAUCCAUGGUCAUCGAUCAAGGAACUAUGUUGGAUCGUAUCGACUAUAACGUUGAGCGAACGACUACCGAUGUGAAAGGAGCCGAGAAGGAACUCGUCGUUGCCACGAGCUACCAAAAGCGCACUACGAAACGAAAGAUUCUUCUACUUCUCGUUCUGCUGGUUGUUGGAAUGUUUGUUUUAUUACUCGUCAAACCUAAAAAGGGCUCUCAACCAGCAGCACCGCCUCCCACGCCGGCGCCACCCUGA